UUUUGGGAGUCAAAAAGAUACUUGAUUUUUCCAAUUCUGGCUGAAAAAGCUCACUCUUCUUCUCUUUCACUUCAAUCUCUUGUUCUUCAGGCUCGGUUCUUGUUCAGGUUUCAGAGAAUUUGAUUUCGACGGGUUCGGUGCGGAUUCGGGUCAGUUGCUGCAGGAGUUGAAGUGCUGUCUCAGCUGGACGAGGUUCCUGCGUGGGAGCUUCUCGAGAUUUGGUUGGAUGAUAUCGGUUUAGAAAAAGAUGGAGAAUGCAGUGGGUAGGGAGGUGGCCGUGCAGGAUCAGACGGAGGGGGUGCAGCUUCAGAGUAAGGAGAAUGAGCAUGCGUUGAGACUGGAAAAUGGCCACAUGUUUGACUGCAGGGAGAUGCGUGCACCGGGUGAAGAAGAUCAUUCAUUGCGUAUACCGGUUGGAAGCAGUUGUCCUGAGAGCUCGAGUCAGGAGUGUUUUGUGAACCCGCAUGAUGGUUUAGGCUUGUAUCCGAGUGGAUCAAGGAGCGGGAGUGGUGGGAGUUCACGAGUCAAUACUGCAUUUAUAGAUUUUGGUCAGGUAAGAUCAAAUGAUUUGGAGAAUAAGGAGUUCCCAUCUUUGGAUGAUAUUAUGGUUCAAAAGGCAAAUAGUGACAAUCUGGUUGAAGUUGUGGCAGAAUUGACAAGUACUCCAGAUGCAGGGGUUUCAGGCAAUGCAUGUGGAGGUAUCCGGACAAAAAUGCUUUCUAAAUCAAGAUCAGAAUAUUAUGUUAAGAAUACAUUGAAGGGUAAGGGUGUUAUUUUCAAAGGUCCAAAUCAUGGUGGCGGUCCCGUUCAAUCUAAGAACCUCAACAGUACAAAGGUUACCGGUGCUUCUAGGGCUACUUCUGAUCCAGCACAGAGUUUGGAUGUCAGAAUUGUUAUGCCUAUUUCCACUGAUGUGAACGUUGUGCCCAGACCGCCAGCCUUGGAAAAUGAUGAAAUCAGUUUAAGAGAAUGGCUGAGAAUUGAACGUCCUAAAGUGAAUAAAGUUGUGUGCCUGUAUGUAUUCAAACAAAUUGCAAAUAUCGUGAAUCAGUUUCACUCUCAAGGUGUUGCUUUGCAAGAAUUGCACCCUUCUUUUUUUAAGAUGUUGCCUUCAAAUGAGGUCAAGUAUGUUGGCUUACCAAUCCCAAAAGAGAUACUAGAAAGUUCUAUGGAUAAAGGUAUCUGUCAUUCAGAAAAUAGUUCAAAGAAAAUAAUGUCAGUGGAGCAUGAAUUUGUUUCUGUUGGUUCAAGUGCAAAGAAGCAAAAGAUCAGCCAGAGCACUAGAUUGGUUAAGCAAUGGCCUCAGUUCCCCACUUCUUCCUGUUUCCAGCGUGAAACUAGGAAUGCUAGCCACUUCAACAUUAAUGGUCUCCGAAAUAGAUCUCCUAUAAUGUAUAAUGCAGCUCCACAACACUUGACUUCAAUCACCGAACAGUUGGAAGAAAAGUGGUAUAUCAGUCCUGAAGAACUCAAUGAAGGAAGCUGUACUGUUUUGUCAAAUAUCUACAGUCUGGGCGUUCUUCUUUUUGAGUUGCUUGCGCAAUUUGACUCAAAUAGUGCCAUUGUCACAGCAAUGUUCAAUCUUCGUCAUAGAAUUCUUCCUCCAAGUUUUCUGUCAGAAUACGCCAAGGAGGCUGGAUUUUGUCUUUGGUUACUUCAUCCUGAACCGUCUUCACGUCCAACAACAAGGGAAAUUCUACAAUCGGAAGUAGUUAAUGGAAUACAGGAGGUGUGUGAAGAGAAAGUGGCAUCUUCUGUGGUCGAAGAUGAUGCUGAAUUGGAACUAUUAUCUCAUUUCCUCAUGUUUAUGAAAGAAAAGAAGCAGAAGGAUGCCUUCAAGUUGAUGGAAAGCAUCAGGGUUUUAGAAGCAGAUGUUGAAGAAGCUGAGAGGAGGUACUGUAUAAGAAAACCCUUGAUUGAUCCCGACUGUUCAAAUGAGUCAAGGUUGACGAGGAAUAUUGAUCAGCUUGAGAGUGCUUACUUCUCUAUGAGAAGGAAGAUUCAGCCUACUGAAGCUGAUUCUACUAUACGUAUAGAUAAAGAGUUAUUAAAAACUCGCAAAAAUUGGUAUAUGAAAUCAGAGGAUGAUGAAAAUAAGACUCCUACGGAUCAAUUGGGAGCUAUCUUUGAUGGUUUAUGCAAGUAUGAUCGGUACAGUAAGUUUGAAGUAUGUGGAGUACUAAGAAAUGGAGAUCUCAACAGUAACUCAAAUUUGAUUUGCUCUUUGAGUUUUGAUCGGGAUGAGGACUACAUCGCUUCUGCCGGGGUUUCAAAGAAAAUAAAGAUUUAUGAGUUUAAUGCACUGUUCAAUGAUUCUGUUGAUAUUCAUUAUCCAUCGAUCGAGAUGUCAAAUGAAUCAAAGAUUAGCUGUAUUUGCUGGAACAACUACAUAAAAAACUAUCUCACUUCAGCUGAUCAUGAAGGUUUAGUGAAGUUGUGGGAUGUGAGCACUGGUCAAGAGUUUGCUCGAUACAGAGGGCAUGAACAAAAAGCUUGGUCUGUUGACUUUUCUCAAGUAGAUCCUACAAAAUUAGCCAGUGGAAGUGAUGAUGGUACUGUGAAACUAUGGAGCAUUAAUGAGAAAAACUGUACAGGCACCAUCAGAAACAGAAACAUUGCAAAUGUAUGCUGUGUACAGUUCUCUGCUCACUCCACUAAUUUGCUGGGCUUCGGGUCUGCGGAUUACAACACAUAUUGCUAUGAUCUUCGUAAUAUUAGAACACCCUGGUGUGUAUUGGUUGGUCACCAGAAAAGCGUAAGCUAUGCCAAAUUCUUGGACUCUGAGACCCUUGUUUCUGCAUCCACCGACAACACGUUGAAGCUAUGGGAUCUCAACAAAACCACUGCAAGUGGUCCAUCCACCAAUGCUUGCAGCAAUACCCUCAGUGGGCACACCAAUGAGAAGAACUUUGUGGGCUUAUCUGUUUCUGAUGGUUAUAUAGCGUGUGGUUCAGAAACAAAUGAGGUUUAUGCUUAUUAUAGAUCUCUGCCUAUGCCAAUCACUUCACACAAAUUCGGCUCCAUUGAUCCUAUAACCGGAAAGGAGACGGAUGAAAUUAAUGGACCAUUUGUUUCGAGCAUCUGCUGGAGACAGAAAUCAAAAAUGGUGGUUGCCGCUAAUUCAAGCGGGUGCAUAAAAGUGUUGCAGAUUGUGUAAGGAAAAGGUAACCCUCUUGACAUCAAUCAAGAAGACACUUUUCUUUUCAGACCUUCUUAAUGGCAUGUGAAUCUGCUAGCUUUCUGCUAGAAGCAUAUUCUAUGGUUGAGACGGUAAGUCCGUACGUCACGGAGAAACUCAAGGAACUUUUCACAGAAAGACUGAAUCCUAGGAUAUGUCUAAUUAUAGCCAUCCAUGCGAGAUAGGAGGGUCCCAAAACAACUAACAUACUAGUGGUGCAGCAUUUCUGCCCUAAACAUCAGAAAGACAACUAGCUGGUUGUGAAAAUUAUUUGAAUACUCAAGUCUUACUGUGGUGCCAGCACUAGAACUGACCAACCUUAAACUGCUUUCCUGUCCAAACAAGUAAAGGAAGCUUGAGGACCGGUUUGUUACAUUCGGCUUCAAGAUUUCAAAAUGAGAGCAAACAGGCCAUGCCAGUUACAUAUGGGAAUCAAUUUUUUGGAAAAACAGUGUGUGGAUCAUCUAGGGGUGCAUAUCUGUGGUUCAUCCUAAGCAUUAUUCCUCCAAAAAAGAAAUCAAUUAUGCAGGAAUGAUGUUAGUAGGUUAUAUUUUCUCAUCAGAGUAGCUUAUCCAUUCUGGCAGUUGUUGUAUACUUGCAAGCCUGUACAAGUCAGCCGUUUGUUUAUAAAAGUAGAAAGUAUUUGUAACCUUUAGGG